AUGAUAGACGAUUGGAGAGAGGAGAAGGCGAGGACCGAUCCUGUGUAUGGCGCGAUGGGGGCCAGCUGCUUGCUGUCCAAGGACAUUAUAGACAAGAUCGCGCGCUUGAAGCGCCACACCGGCAGGUUGCGAGAGUUCGUGCAGAAGGUGCUCCGAUCCGACUGGCCUUUCUGGGACGCUCUAGGGCAGGAGCUACUCGAGUACACCCUCUCAUGCGCCUCACGUCUCGACAACCCGACCACCUCGACAACUGAUACUGCACAUGUACCGCCCGCACCAGCACGACCGGCCAAACGAGCCACUGCGACCCAGCGGAAACCUAAAAAGGCGAAGACCCAGCCGCCUCCUACGGAAACCUCGGGACCCGCGCAGCCGUUUCAUCGCCCUCCUUCUCCUCUAUAUGGCGAGAAUGUGCUCUCCUCAACGAACACCCCCAGCGCGGCGUCUCCCGUGGUUAGAGGGCCCUCCACGAUCCCGCGGGGGAGGGACGGCGGACGCUCCCCUCUUGCUGCGCUCAAGCAGAACACAUCGUCAAACGCGUCCGGAACCGCCCCACAAACAUCGGCGAAGCGUCCUCCAGCUCGGGGCGCGAUCCAGCCCCGAAAACGCCGCAAGACUGGCGAUCAGGAGCCUGCCGCCAGUGCUGCAGGGCCAUCUCGACAAGUGCGUGAACGGUGCUCU